AUGUUCUAUCUGUGUCUGGCUCUUAUCUGCAUCUCCAUCUCCAUUCAGUCCCACGAGGGGAUAUGCGGCUCUCGGUUGCGUCUGGAGGACAGUCCGCCUCGGAUUGUGGAGGACCCAUCUGAUCUGAUUGUGUCUAAAGGUGAACCAGCCACGCUGAACUGCAAAGCUGAGGGAUGGCCUACACCGAAGGUGGAGUGGUACAAAGAUGGAGAACAUGUAGAGACAGAUAAAGAUGACCUGCGUUCACACCGCAUGCUGUUGCCCAGCGGCUCGCUCUUCUUCCUACGCAUUGUGCAUGGCCGCCGCAGCAAGCCGGAUGAAGGCGUAUACACCUGUGUGGCCCGUAACUACCUCGGGGAGGCAGUGAGUCGCAACGCCUCGCUGGAGGUUGCCACCCUGAGAGAUGAUUUCCGCCAGGCCCCGAGCGAUGUGGUGGUUGCUGCCGGGGAACCUGCCGUACUGGACUGCGUCCCACCGCGCGGUCACCCAGAGCCCAGCAUCUCCUGGAAGAGGAACAACGUCCGAGUGAGCGACAAAGACAGCAGGAUCUCUAUGCGCGGUGGAAAGCUGAUGAUCUCACACACCCGGAAGACUGACGCAGGCAUGUACGUGUGUGUGGGCUCCAACAUGGUGGGAGAGAGGGACAGCGAUCCGGCUGAGCUGGUGGUUUUCGAGAGACCAGUGUUCAUCCGUAGGCCGGUGAAUCAAAUAGUUCUGGCAGAGGAAACAGUGGACUUCCUGUGCGAGGUCCAUGGAGAUCCGGCUCCUACCAUCCGCUGGAGGCGUGAAGGGAGAGAGCUACCUCGCACCAGAUUUGAGAUCCGCAGUGACCACACGCUCCGUCUGGUGAAGGUACGAGAGGAGGACGAGGGGAUUUACACGUGUGUGACGGAAAACAGCGUGGGGAGAACCGAGGCUUCGGCGACGCUGCAGGUCCACGUCCCCCCACAGAUUGUCCUCCAGCCCGAGGACCAGGUCUCAGCCCAAGGACAGACUGUCACUUUCCGCUGUGGUACAAAAGGCAACCCUCCUCCAGCAGUUUUCUGGCAGAAAGAAGGGAAUCAGAAGCUGUUAUUCCCAGGGCAGCCUCCCUCUCAGGCUGGACGCUUCUCUGUGUCCAUGAGCGGCGAGCUAGUCAUCACUUCUGCCCAAAGUGAAGAUUCUGGGUACUACAUGUGUCAAGCCAUCAGCGUGGCAGGCAGUACCAUCUCCAAAGCCUUCCUGAAGGUUGUCACUGGGCCGUCAGAUCUCUUUCCCCCACUCAUCCACCAAGGCCCAGGAAACCACACACUGGCAUGGGGCUCCAGUACCAGUCUCCACUGCCAUGUAAUGGGCAUCCCACCUCCCAGCAUCAGGUGGGAGAAGGACGGGCAAAGACUCUCAGCAGAUGGCACCCACAUCAGCGUGAUUGAAAAUGGCACUUUACACAUCAGCAGCCUGAAGGAGACCGACUCAGGGAUGUACACGUGUGUAGCCUCCAGUUCCACAGGAGAGACGAGGUGGAGUGGUACCAUCACCGUGAGAGAUACAGAGACGUCAUCCCUGGUCCGGCUCUCUCUGACUCUGCAGCUGCCUGGUCCCCCACUGAAGCCCGUCGUGACCGAUGUGAGCCAGAGCAGUGUCACGCUGACGUGGCAGCCCAAUCAGCACGAAGGAGGUGCUGCUGUCACCUCCUACAUUAUCGAGGCUUUUAGUCAGUCAGUGGGAAACACAUGGCAGACUGUUGCAGAUCAGGUGAAGCAGGAGAAACAUACAGUGACUGGUCUCUUCCCCAACACUGUGUACCUUUUCAUUGUACGUGCAGUGAACGCGUAUGGCCUGAGUGACCCAAGCCCCAUCUCGGAGCCUGUCAGAACGCAAGAUGACAGUCUCAGCAGUUCACCAAUCGAUUACAGGCGUGUGCAGGCAGAUUUAGCAGAGGUCAUGGUGUAUCUGCAUCCUCCAGAGAUCCUGACUCCCACCAGCGUACUGAUCACAUGGACUGUUGAGAAUGAGGCUUACUACAUUCAGGGUUACAGGCUGCUGUACAGGCCGUCGGGCAGUGCCUGGCUGGUUCAGGAUAUAAAGGCAGCGUCCAAACACACAGUAGUGUUAUCAGAGCUGCGCAGAGGCAGAGAGUAUGAGCUCAAAUUGAGGCCCUACUUCAAAGAGUUCCAGGGCUCUGACAGUGAACUAGUAGUGUUUCGCACCCCAGAGGAGGUGCUAAGUGGCCCCCCUCAAGCUGUCAGUGUGGUCCAGUUGGAUAACAGCUCCACAGUGCAAGUGUCCUGGGAGCCUCCUUUUGCCAAUAUCCAGGAUGAGUCCAUUUUGGAGUACAGGGUAUGGUGUGUAGGGAAUGUGUCUGGACUUCAGAUGCAAUUAAAUCAAAGUGUGACAGGGGAUGUCCUCCACGUGCUGGUGGAUGACCUGGUGCCCGAGAUACUAUACAGCGUGCAGGUGGUUGCCGUGACCAGUGCAGGAGCUGGAGAACCCAGCGAGCCAGUCUUUAUUCUCAUCACCCCUGUGGGGGAGCCCUCAUUGCCUGUGCUGAAUGAUGACAGCAGUCUUUCGGAGCACAUCUCUGCACUGUUCAAACAGCCAGCUUUUAUUGCCACUCUGGGUUCAGCCUGUUGGAUGGUGCUGAUGGGCUUCAGUGCCUGGAUCUACUGCAGACACAAGAGAAAGAAAGAACUUGGCCACUAUGCCACCUCUUUUGCCUACACACCUGCAGUUGGCCUCUCCAAUGGUGACAGAUCAGGACAGAUCAGGAGUAGCAAUGGAAGGCCAUGCUUGCUUGGAUCCAACAUGGUUAACUAUCCCUGGCUGGCAGAUUCUUGGCCAAACAACAACUUGAACCAGAGCAGUAAAGACUCUGUGAAUUGCUGCACUGGCAAACAUGACUCCACAGACAGAUAUUACAACACUGCAGGAACAAGCUUCCUGAGGCCAAACCAAACAUAUAGCCCAACGUCCAAUGAAGGUGCCAUCUACAGCACUAUAGACAGAGCUGAUGAGUCACAGCAUGACCUGAGAAGUGCUUACUCUCAUGACCUCUACACCAGCUCACCAGUCCUGUCCAAACCUGACCUCGACCAGUGGAGCUUACAGUCUGACCUCAGCACAGCUGAAUAUGCCCAACUCCAGUACUCGGGGAUAAACAAUGCUAAUGUAGAAAUGCAGAAACCUUGUGAGUCAGCGACGUAUAACUGGUCCAAUGUUCUGUCCCUGCCACCACCAAGUACUCGAGAACACAGACAGCAGUCCAGGUGUGAGGAUGAUGAAGACUGGGGUGCUCCUCUCCCAGAGAGGACUUAUCAGAUGGAAGGAUUGGAGAAUGUAGCCACAUUGCCUCUGAGAGGAGAGCGCUGUGGGCGAGUUACCACCUACAGCCAGCCGUUCGCAGCCACCCUAAAUCCAUCUCCCAAUGAGGAACGAAUGCCAGUUAAUCCAUGUUUGCAACAUCCUGACUUACUGCUACGCAGUAAGGGACUAUGCGCACAAAAUUCCAAAUCAACUUUGCCCAAUCCAAACAUCCUUACCAACCUGGAAUCACACAAUAGCAGCCUGCCCCAUCUGCAAGGCCGCUGGAGAGACGUCUGCCAAGUGGAGAGGUCACAGCACUUAAAAGGCGAUAUUGGUUUAUUUGUGCAUAAGAAAUCGAUUCCAUCCCCCACUGAGCAGCCGCUGUCCAAAAAGCAAUCAUCAAGAGAUGGACCUCGGAGAAGAGAAACCUUAAAAACAGGAGAUCUGCCCCCUCCACCUGAACCCCCUCCCACUGAAGUCUCUCGGGUAGACCUGGCAGCCAUGUCGAAGGCCAGAACACAGCCACCUAGCCGAGAAUUGAAGGCAGAUCAGAGAACACAGAGCCAGUGGAGCACAGAAGAUGAGGAGCAUAUCCAUUGCAGUGUGAAUAUGCAGUCCAUGAAUCCCGUGAGUAGUCAGUGUUCUCCUCCUGCACCUUCCAGCUCUUCCUCUCGUCCCUCUACUGCUUCCCACACCAGGAGGAGAAAAGAGAACAUGAUGUGAAUGGAAGAUGAUGAAUUUCUUCUCAGCGUCCUGCUGUGCCAUGUGCUCCAACAAACUUUUAUUACAAAUGAUGUCCAGUAGAACACAAGCCAUACAAGUGUAUGUAAUUCCCAUCUACAUC